AUGGAGGUGCCAAAGUGGUCCACGAGGUGGAAAACGAAAAGGUGGCUACUGGAUUCCGCUGUACCCGCAUUCAUCACUUUAACCCUGCUCCUGCAGGCUGCCGGUGCCGCAGCAGCAGAACCAGUGGAUGUCCUCAAAGUAUUAGAAUUUCACAAUUCCCCCGAAGGAGUGACGAAAACAUCAGGAUUUUGCACAAACCGAAGAGCAUCAAAGCCGGACACGGCCUACCGGGUUGCCAAGCAGGCCCAGAUCAGUGCCCCCACCAAACAGCUUUUCCCAGGAGGCAUCUUCCCCGAGGACUUCUCCAUCUUGACCACGGUGAGGGCCAAGGCCGGUCUCCAGACCUUCCUGCUGUCAGUUUACAGUGAGCAGGGUGUCCAGCAGCUGGGCGUGGAGCUCGGACGCUCCCCCGUCUUCCUGUACGAGGACCAGAAUCACAAACCGGCCCCAGAGGACUACCCCCUGUUUCGUACCCUCAACCUGGCUGAUGGAAAGUGGCACCGUGUGGCCAUCAGCGUGGAGAAGAAGACAGUCACCAUCAUUGUGGACUGCAAGAAGAAGCUCACCAAACCUCUUCUCCGGAGUGACCUGGCCACCAUCGACACCAAUGGUAUCACCGUGUUCGGCACCAGGAUCUUGGAUGAGGAGGUCUUCCAGGGUGACAUCCAGCAGCUCCUGAUUGUGGCUGAUCCCAAAGCAGCAUAUGACUACUGUGAACACUACAGCCCAGACUGUGAGACCCCCCAAGGGCAGACCCUGCAGGCCCAGGAGCCAGAGGACGAGUACACUACUGAUGACUUAGAUUACACUCAGUUCUAUGAUUACUCUGAGGGCGCCACAGAGACCAUUCCAACAGACGAGUACUCUGAACCUCAGCUAAACAAUGUAGAAGGAGAGUACUAUACAGACAGUGACUACGGAACUGUAGAUGGUACUCAAACUCAGUCUCCCAUUGCCACGGGCGGACCCAACGAGGCUGUGGAUGAGGAAGUGGUUGGUGACCUUGUCACUGAGGCCAAUCCCAUUGGUCAGGAGCCCACCGUUGUCCCGGAAACAUCGGACAACUUAGACACCCGAGUGGAGGCAUAUGACUUUAAGGAGUAUGACCUAAAGGAGUAUGACUUGGGCGAGGUUGACAGGAAGGUGUAUGAUUAUGGGGCUUAUGAUGAGUAUGGCACAGCCUUGCCCAACCCCACGGCCGUCUACGAUGACGAGGUGGGGCCUGGGGUCGCCGCAGAAACCGACGUCUCUGAGAGUGCAGUCGCGGGUGCUGGAGGAGCAUUUGGCCAGAAAGGAGAAAAGGGCGAGCCGGCAGUGAUCGAACCUGGCAUGCUGAUCGAAGGACCACCGGGACCAGCUGGUCCAGCUGGUCUUCCAGGUCCAUCAGGCCUGCAAGGACCCCCAGGCCCCGGCGGAGAUCCUGGUGACAGAGGUCCCCCGGGUCGGGCCGGUCUCCCUGGUGCUGAUGGUUUGCCAGGGCCCCCCGGCACCAUGCUAAUGCUGCCUUUCCGUUUUGGUGGAGAUGGUGAGAAGGGUCCCGUGGUGUCAGCUCAGGAAGCCCAAGCCCAGGCGAUCCUCUCCCAGGCCCGACUGGCUAUGAGGGGACCUCCGGGGCCAAUGGGUCUGACAGGAAGAUCUGGACCAGUGGGUCUGCCUGGUUCUUCUGGACUGAAAGGUGAAGGUGGAGACCCUGGUCCUCAGGGUCCCAGGGGUGUCCAGGGGCCUUCCGGGCAGAUUGGAAAACCUGGAAAGAGGGGCCGUGCCGGAUCCGAUGGCGCCCGUGGGAUGCCCGGAGAGCCGGGCUCCAAGGGUGACCGAGGUUUUGAUGGACUACCUGGGCUGCCCGGUGAAAAGGGACACAGGGGAGAGGUAGGACCGAUAGGACCCCCGGGAGCCCCUGGAGAGGAUGGACAGAGAGGUGAGGAUGGAGAGAUCGGGCCCAGAGGUCUGGCUGGAGAGAGUGGUCCUAGAGGUCUGCUUGGACCGCGCGGUCCUCCGGGGCCCCCUGGACAGCCAGGUGUUGCUGGUGUGGAUGGACCUCCAGGUCCCAAAGGAAACAUGGGGCCGCAGGGAGAGCCGGGUCCACCCGGUCAGCAGGGCAUCCCGGGAACACAGGGUCUUCCAGGUCCUCAAGGCCCCAUCGGACCACCUGGUGAAAAAGGACCUCAGGGCAGGUCAGGGUUACCCGGCUUACCUGGAGCUGACGGGCCUCCUGGUCACCCAGGAAAAGAGGGUCCACCUGGAGAGAAAGGAGCUCUGGGCCAACUGGGUCCACAGGGCCCCAUCGGUUAUCCUGGCCCCCGCGGUGUGAAGGGUGCUGAUGGAGUCCGUGGUCUCAAGGGAUCGAAGGGAGAGAAGGGCGAGGAUGGGUUCCCGGGCUUCAAAGGAGACAUGGGUCUGAAAGGAGACAGGGGGGAGAUUGGCAUGUUGGGCUCUCGUGGAGAGGACGGUCCUGAGGGUCCAAAGGGCCGAGCAGGUCCCAACGGAGAGGCCGGCCCCAUGGGUCCCGCUGGAGAGAAGGGUAAACUGGGCGUUCCAGGAUUGCCGGGCUAUCCAGGAAGACAAGGACCAAAGGGCUCUAGUGGUUUUCCUGGGUUCCCUGGAGCCAACGGUGAGAAAGGAGCCAGGGGAGUCGCGGGCAAACCAGGUCCAAGGGGGCAAAGAGGUCCAACGGGUCCACGUGGCGCUCGUGGGGCAAGAGGUCCAACAGGCAAGCCGGGCCCUAAGGGCACAGCGGGCAACGAUGGUCCUCCAGGUCCGCCCGGCGAGAGAGGACCUCAAGGACCCCAGGGCCCAGUGGGAUUCCCAGGACCAAAGGGUCCCCCUGGACCACCUGGAAAGGAUGGGCUGCCCGGACACCCUGGCCAGCGUGGUGAGACGGGAUUUCAAGGAAAGACCGGUCCACCUGGCCCAGGAGGCGUUGUCGGUCCCCAGGGACCUACCGGAGAGACCGGCCCCGUUGGUGAGCGAGGUCACCCAGGACCCCCUGGCCCCCCGGGAGAGCAGGGUCUUCCAGGUGCUGCUGGCAAAGAGGGAGCAAAGGGAGACCCGGGACCCCAGGGAACAUCUGGUAAGGACGGUCCGCCCGGUCUACGAGGGUUCCCCGGAGAGAGAGGUCUACCUGGUGCACCGGGUCCAGCUGGUCUGAAGGGAGGAGAAGGCCCUCAGGGUCCACCAGGUCCUGUGGGUUCUCCAGGUGAGAGAGGCCCUGCAGGUCCAGCCGGUCCCAUUGGUCUAUCUGGUAGAACUGGCCCUCAGGGCCCCCCCGGGCCUGCUGGAGAGAAGGGUGCGCCUGGUGAGAAAGGCCCUCAAGGUCCAGCCGGUCGUGACGGCGUCCAAGGCCCUGUCGGCCUCCCAGGUCCUGCUGGACCUCAGGGUCCGCCCGGUGAGGACGGAGACAAGGGAGAGGUCGGAGAGCCUGGUCAGAAGGGAAGCAAAGCUGACAAGGGAGAACAGGGUCCUCCUGGUCCAGCUGGUCUUCAAGGUCCCAUCGGUGCUCCAGGUCCAGCUGGGGGAGAUGGAGAACCGGGUCCAAGGGGUCAGCAGGGUAUGUUUGGACAGAAGGGAGAUGAAGGUCCCCGAGGUUUCCCCGGACCCCCUGGUCCCAUCGGUCUACAGGGUCUUCCUGGACCACCAGGCGAGAAGGGAGAGAAUGGGGAUGUCGGCCCCAUGGGCCCCCCUGGUCCCCCCGGUCCAAGAGGUCCCCAAGGCCCGAGUGGAGCUGAUGGUGCCCAAGGUCCUCCCGGUGGUGUGGGUGGCAUGGGAGCCGUGGGUGAGAAGGGCGAGCAAGGUGAAGCUGGCAACCCAGGACCACCUGGAGAGCCUGGAACUUCGGGACCUAAAGGUGAGCGGGGAGAAAAAGGAGAGGCCGGCCCCCCAGGAGCUGCUGGACCUGCUGGUGCCAAAGGCCCCCCUGGCGAUGAUGGACCCAAGGGCAACCCUGGACCAGUGGGCUUCCCGGGAGACCCAGGACCCCCUGGAGAGCCCGGUGUUGCUGGCACUGAUGGAGGCCCAGGCGAGAAGGGAGAAGAUGGUGAGGCUGGUCAGCCGGGUCCACCGGGUCCAUCAGGAGAAGCUGGCCCACCCGGUCCACCUGGCAAGAGAGGACCCCCGGGAGCAGCCGGUGCAGAGGGCAGGCAAGGAGAGAAGGGCGCCAAGGGCGAGGCUGGCGCCGAGGGACCGCCAGGCAAGACAGGCCCCGUCGGACCCCAGGGGCCUCCCGGAAAGCCUGGUCCAGAGGGUCUGCGUGGAAUCCCAGGCCCCGUCGGAGAACAAGGACUUCCCGGCUCCCCAGGACAAGAUGGCCCUCCCGGUCCAAUGGGUCCCCCUGGUCUCCCUGGUCUUAAAGGUGACCCUGGCUCGAAGGGUGAAAAGGGUCACCCAGGUUUGAUUGGUCUGAUUGGACCCCCUGGUGAACAAGGAGAGAAGGGAGACCGAGGUUUGCCCGGACCCCAGGGUUCGCCUGGUAGCAAGGGUGACGGCGGUAUUGCUGGAGCUUCCGGUCCCCUAGGUCCUCCAGGUCCUCCAGGUUUGCCUGGUCCCCAAGGUCCAAAGGGAGCAAAGGGUUCCUCUGGUCCUGCUGGUCAGAAGGGAGACACUGGCGUGGUUGGUCCUCCUGGUCCUCCUGGUCCACCUGGAGAGGUCAUCCAGCCGUUACCGAUCCAGUCGCCCAAGAAGACCAAGCGUUCAAUCGGCAUGCAGGCAGACGCAGCAGGCACCAUAAUGGACUACGGCGAGGGCAUGGAGGACAUCUUUGGCUCCCUCAACAACCUCAAACAAGACAUUGAGCGGAUGAAGUACCCCAUGGGAACGCAAAACAACCCCGCCAGGACGUGCAAAGAUCUGCAGCUCUGCCACCCAGAGUUCCCUGAUGGUGAAUAUUGGAUUGACCCUAACCAGGGCUGCUCUGGAGACUCCUUCAAAGUCUACUGCAACUUCACCGCCGGGGGGGAGACGUGCAUCUACCCAGAUAAGAAGUCCAACGGCGUCAGGAUAUCUUCAUGGCCCAAAGAAGUCCCUGGGUCGUGGUUCAGUGAAUUCAAGCGUGGUAAAAUACUGUCCUAUGUGGAUUCGGAGGGCAACUCAAUUAACAUGGUACAGAUGACCUUCCUCAGACUACUGACGGCCUCGGCCAGGCAAAACUUCACCUACAGCUGCCACCAGUCUGUAGCGUGGCACGACGCCACCAGUGACAGCUACGACAGGGCGCUUCGCUUCCUGGGCGCCAACGAUGAGGAGAUGUCCUACGACAAUAACCCAUACAUCAAGGCCCUCUCGGAUGGAUGCGCGACGAGGAAGGGCUACGGAAAGACUGUGAUGGAGAUAAAUACUCCCAAAAUCGAUCAGGUUCCGAUCGUCGAUGUCAUGGUGACUGACUUUGGGGACCCCAACCAGAAGUUUGGGUUCGAAGUUGGGCCCGUCUGCUUCCUUGGCUAA